AUGAUUUGGACGAAAGCAUCCAAUUGUACCAAACGAUGGCUAAUCCACUCAAUCCACAAGACUAUUGUCCGCAACGGUGGCCACACUCACAGACACCUGACCACCGCUGCCAACAGAUACGCCGAUUCUUCGCGCAAAUCGCAUAAUCAGGUAAUCGGUGACCGCUUUGUGGCACUCGUUGUGGCAGUAAUUGUCUGCCAAUUGAUUCGUAUCGAUGUCUGGCAUCGACUCGAGUCCACAAAAAUCUCGAGGGACUACCCGGUGGUGGACCACACGUACGACGCGGUGGUGGUGGGCGCCGGUGGGGCCGGACUGCGGGCGGCACUAUCACUCAUUAUUAGUGAUAAUUACUUGCAAUACAAACCAUGA